GCCCGCGCUCUACUCUCUAAAUUUCCGCAACGUUCGCUCACCAUCGGAGCCUCCGCGCUUCGAUCGCCAUGCUCUCAUUCUCUCCUCCCCUCUUAUUAAUUCCAGGCCAGCCUUCAUCCUUUCUCCGGGAUCAAAACCUUAUUCCCCCUGAUGGCUCUUCUCCCGCGAACCGCCCGCCUCGCCCUCCUCUCCUGCCAGCGAACUUCGGCCGCGAUCCCCGCGGCGGUGCCCUACUCCUCCUCCGCCGCCUCUGCGCCGCCGUCUCCGGCCCCGUACGCCCGCCCGCCGCCCCCGUCGUCGAAGUCCUCGCCGACGGGGUUGUCGAAGGCGGAGUACGUGGUAUCGAAGGUGGACGAUUUGAUCAACUGGGCCCAGCGCGGGUCCAUCUGGCCGAUGACCUUUGGCCUCGCGUGCUGCGCCGAGGAGAUGAUGCAGAUGGGCGCUCGCUACGAUUUUGAUCGGUUCGGUGUGAUCUUCCGGACCAGCCCUUGCCAGUCCGACUGUAUGAUUCUCGCUGGUACCCUUACCAACAAGAUGGCCCCUGCCCUUUGCUAGGUUUAUGACCAGAUGCCUGAGUCUCAUUGGGUCAUUUCCAUGGGCAGCUGCGCGAAUGGUGGUAUCGUCCGUGGCUGUGACAGGAUUGUCCCCGUUGACAUCUAUGUGCCUGGAUGCCCACCAACAGCUGAGGCUUUACUUUAUGGUGUUCUCCAGCUCCAGAAGAAUAUCAACAGGCGAAAGGAUUUCCUUCUCUGGUGGACCAGGUGAAAUCCUCUGAGCUGUUUGGUUCAGUUAAAUGAAAUGUUUCCUGUCUCGACUUCAAUGCUGAAAUAAAGAUAAUAUGCUGGAUUAUGCAGCUGGUGUAAACCUAUAACAAGCAUUCUUGUUCCAUAUCAUGUAAUGACCUGCUUCAUGUAGCUUUUGAAAUGAA